AUGAAGUUGUUCACUUUCCUUUUUGCCAUUGCCGCAGCAUCCAUGGCUGUCGUUGCAGCCCCUGCUCCCGCUGAAGCUGGUGCUCCAAUUGAGAAGCGCGAGCCUGAGCCAGUCCCUGAUGGGCAUGGCGGGCGCAAGCUUUGCAGCAUGAUACGAUCUUUGCUGCCAAAUUUCGACUAUAUGAUUAAGGUUAAUGCUUUGGUUAUGGUUUUAUAUAUUUUUGUCACGUCGACGGAUUUGAAUUGGCUGCUCUUCGCAUACUCCGCGCCCCUUUCCGACUGGCCACCGCCACCUCAGUUAUACGGCCGGAUACUCGACCAGGAUUACGCAGCUCCUUGA